AUGAAGAGUGGCGGACUGUACCAGCAACACAUGAAGAGUGGUGGACUGUACCAGCAACACAUGAAGAGUGCCGGACUGUACCAGCAACACAUGAAGAGUGGCGGACUAUACCAGCAACACAUGAAGAGUGCCGGACUGUACCAGCAACACAUGAAGAGUGGCGGACUGUACCAACAACACAUGAAGAGUGGCGGACUGUACCAGCAACACAUGAAGAAUGGCGGACUGUACCAGCAACACAUGAAGAGUGGCGGACUGUACCAGCAACACAUGAAGAGUGGCGGACUAUACCAGCAACACAUGAAGAGUGUUGGGCUGUACCAGCAACACAUGAAGAGUGCCGGACUGUACCAGCAACACAUGAAGAGUGCCGGACUGUACCAGCAACACAUGAAGAGUGGCGGACUGUACCAGCAACACAUGAAGAGUGCUGGACUGUACCAGCGACACAUGAAGAGUGGCGGACUGUACCAGCAACACAUGAAGAGUGUUGGGCUGUACCAGCAACACAUGAAGAGUGGCGGACUGUACCAGCAACACAUGAAGAGUGGCGGACUGUACCAGCAACACAUGAAGAGUGGCGGACUGUACCAGCAACACAUGAAGAGUGCCGGACUGUACCAGCAACACAUGAAGAGUGUUGGGCUGUACCAGCAACACAUGAAGAGUGGCGGACUGUACCAGCAACACAUGAAGAGUGGCGGACUGUACCAGCAACACAUGAAGAGUGCCGGACUGUUCCAGCAACACAUGAAGAGUGGUGGACUGUACCAGCAACACAUGAAGAGUGCCGGACUGUACCAGCAACACAUGAAGAGUGCCGGACUGUACCAGCAACACAUGAAGAGUGCCGGACUGUACCAGCAACACAUGAAGAGUGCCGGACUGUACCAGCAACACAUGAAGAGUGCCGGACUGUACCAGCAACACAUGAAGAGUGGCGGACUGUACCAGCAACACAUGAAGAGUGCCGGACUGUACCAGCAACACAUGAAGAGUGGCGGACUGUACCAGCAACACAUGAAGAGUGGCGGACUGUACCAGCAACACAUGAAGAGUGCCGGACUGUACCAGCAACACAUGAAGAGUGCCGGACUGUACCAGCAACACAUGAAGAGUGGCGGACUGUACCAGCAACACAUGAAGAGUGGCGGACUGUACCAGCAACACAUGAAGAGUGCCGGACUGUACCAGCAACACAUGAAGAGUGGUGGACUGUACCAGCAACACAUGAAGAGUGGUGGACUGUACCAGCAACACAUGAAGAGUGGUGGACUGUACCAGCAACACAUGAAGAGUGGCGGACUGUACCAGCAACACAUGAAGAGUGGUGGACUGUACCAGCAACACAUGAAGAGUGCCGGACUGUACCAGCAACACAUGGUAAACUUUACAGUAAAUAUCAGUAUUUAUGAUAAUAAAUUCCAUAGAAUAUCAUUUACAAAGCAUUAA